GAUUGGCAUCCCAUCCAGAAUGUGUCCCCGCCUCACACCCCGUGUUCCUGGGAUAGGCACGGGAUCCACCACAAUCCUGACCAGGAUAAAGCAGUUAUGGAUAAAUAUUUAGAAAAUGUUGUAGUUCCUCGCUGUAUUCUUUUUUUGCACUGUUGAGGCGGAGACCCACACAUUCUGAUAUAAAAAUAAUAUGCAUUUGUCUUAUAGUGUCACUUUUGCACUUAAUAUCACCUGAAAGUGAUAACAUUAAGUAUUUUUAUGUAAGCAGGUCUAGAUGUAUUUGACCCUUUAACCUUCACAUGUCACUUGCAGUCCUUCUGCCAGUACCAGUAAGAAGUUGACGAUUUUGUUGAUGAUCUAAAACCUGAUUUUUAUUUAUUUUAUUAAUUUCUUAUUAAUUUGUACAAUAAUUAAUAUGUAGGAUUUCUUUUACGGCUUUUUAGAAAGUGUUUCAGUCUUCAAAACUGACUUAAAUAGGGAUAAGUGUGCAUGCUAGUGCAGAUAAGCUCCGCACACUUCCUGUAAUCUUGACCGUGAGCUGAAAGAACCAAUCAGAAUCGUCCAAAGAACGUGUAGGCGGUACCGGAAUGUACGCACGCUACGUAACGUUGAAUGGCGUUCGAGUGGACCAAUCAGAAUCUUCAUAACACCGUGUGGGCGUGACAACAUGGACGCAGACGUGCGCUGCCCCAGGGAGCAUGAGGACGGUAGGAAUGCUGAGUUAGGAUUAAAAGUAGGAAAAACUGGUGAGAAGAAUUAAUUAAACGAAUUUGAAUUAUUAACAGAACGCAAACAUUGCAUGGAAAGUAUUACGCCUUGGGGAUCUUUUUGUUUCUUUAAAGCAUUUCCUCUUUGGGCUUUUGUAGUGUUCAGGAGCUAGCUAGCUAGUUAGCUAAUGUCAAAGUGUUCACACCUCCACUGAGAUUAUUAUUCCGGUUUCUGGGUUAAUUUUGGAUGAAUAAAAGAAACUUGUGAGUAAUAUAACUGUUAUUUAGAAGUGAAUGUGUAAUUUUAUGCAGCUCACGCGAUUGUUAAAGCGCUAGUAAGUGGAGCACACAUGUGACAUUGCAUGCUAGCUGUCCUAAUCCUGCAUGGGAAUCUGGCCAAUCUGGGAGAUUCUUCAAAGCCUUGUGAGCUUUGUGAUCCGUGCUACUCAUUAGAAAAAGCAGAUCCCACACACACACACACACACACACCCAGUUGCAGCAGACAUGUUCAAAUCCGUCCAGCGUGCUCCCCUGUGCAGCAUCAGCGCGCGCGCUGCUCGUCUGCAUUGCACGCCUGCUCUCAGACACAGCAGUGCUGCAGGUCCUGGCAGGUCUGAGGCUGCUGCUGCUGCAUGGCUCGAGUCUCUCUUCACAUGGCUCCAGAAAGCAGGAAGAGGCUGCGGUGAGACCGUCCCUGGAAAGAAGAAGCGAGAAGGGCUGCUGUCCAUCCUGGCUGACCACUGCAGCUUUGUGACCGGACAGAGACUGAGGCGAGCGUUGCAGAUCGCAGAGCUCUACUCGAACCUGUACUCGGAGAGGAGCAGGUGGACGCUGGUGGGCAGCAUUUGGCGCCGGCUGCAGAACAAGCAAGCCCCGACUGGCAAACUGCUGGCCGCCCUCGCCGGCGUCUUCAUGUGGGAGGACGAGAAGAUAAAAGACGAUGAGAUGAGGAGGUGUGCGUGGGAGCUCCAGGCUCUGGAUGUUGUAAAGCAGCAGGCCGCUGUGGGGAAGGCCAGUGCGCAGGCUGAGGGUGGCUGGGAAAUCGUGAUGGAGAAGAAGAGCUUUAAAGUGUGGAGGAGACCAGUUGAAGGAAGCCACCUGUUUGAGUACCGAGUGUUUGGUUCCUACACUGAUGUUACUCCCAGACAGUUCUUCAACGUUCAGUUGGACACUGAAUACAGGAAGAAAUGGGACGCACUGGUGAUCAGACUGGACGUGGUGGACCGGGACGCGAACACGGGGUCAGAGGUCAUCCACUGGGCCACACAUUUCCCUUAUCCGAUGUACUCCCGAGACUACGUGUACGUGCGCCGCUACGAAGUGGACGUAGAGAACAACCUGAUGGUCCUGGUGUCCAGAGCUGUGCAACAUCCUGGAGUUCCCGAGACACAGGAGUUUGUCCGAGUUCACUCGUAUCGCUCCAGGAUGGUCAUCCGACCCCACAAGUCCUUCGAUGAGAAUGGAUUUGACUAUCUGUUGACGUACAGCGAUGAUCCUCAGACGGUUUUCCCUCGUUACUGUCUGAGCUGGAUGGUGUCCAGUGGCAUGCCUGAUUUCCUGGAGAAGCUGCACACGGCUGCUCUCCGAGCGAAGAACCACGAGGUUGGCGUUCAUGAUUACGUGGGCGUGAUGAAGCAGGUGCAGCAGGCCUCGCCGGAGCGGCUGGAGGAGGGAACACACACGGCCGGCUCCUCCCAUAUUUACGCCUGAGAGAAAACAGCUGUCCAGAUGUGCGAGUGGAGGGCAAUUCAUAAGACCUAAGAGACCUCGGGUUUUAUUCACAACAACGCCGUGACAAGCGGCGAGACGGAGCCUGAGAGAGAGAGAGAGAGAGAGAGAGAACUUUGCCUCUUACUGUGACCUGCAGACAGCGAGUGAGAAUCAGAGACACGCUCCUCCUGCUACUGCUGCUGCCAAAACAUUUUUCUAUCCUACACUGUGUGUGUGUUUGGGUGUGCGUGUGUUUGUGUGUGUGUGUAAAGCUAUCUCAUGCUGAGAUCAGGUACAGAUGGAAUUAUGUUGCUUGUACAAGUGAGUCAGAAUUGGAAAAAUCGGUGUGGUUAUUGCUCCUGGGAGUUUUACUUCCCCAAACUACUUCUCAGAAAAAGAAAGGAUAAAUAAGGAUGAAUAAAAUGGAGAGGGAGAGGGGGUGAGAGAGCGAUCUCUGCCAACAAACUCACCAAGCUAGCAGCACGUCAGUGUAUUUUCUCACAAGUGACAGAACAUUCACGUCGAGUCGUCCUAGUUCACGUUCGCAGUUUCCGCCAUUUCACAGAAAUGUCUUUUCAUUCGCAGCACUUAAUACUGCGAUAAUGUACGUGCUUAAGAAAUAUCCCUCUUCCUUCUCCACAGUAUGUAAUGCUGAUGUUUCGGUGUCGGGUGUUUUCUUGUUAAAAGAACGUAUGAUACGCUUCGGUCGACACCGAGCGUCCGAUUGAGUGCGAAAGUUUGUACACCUGUAGGAUAAUUUUAAUUAUUGACCACAGUGUGUUAGAGAUGUUCUAUUUAAGGAUAUAAAAGAAACAAAAAGAUUAGCAGCUCAAAAGUUUGCGUCCCUUUUUCUGAGUGGUAUUCUAGUAUAUAUUCUCUAAUAACUAGCUCUAAACAAGUUACAACUGUGCCAGAUAGCAGACACUGCCUUCUUUAAAUCACGUCUGGAGACUGAGAGUCAUGACAAAUCAUCCUCAUUUCGCCUUAUGUUUUGGAUUUUUGUCUUUCAGGAUACACAUUUCUUUUUGAAAUUCUCUGAGUUGCAUAGACAGUUUCCUGUUUUUACCCAUCAGGGAUGCAAACUUUUGCACAAAGUGGUCAUUUUUCUGCCUUUCUGCCUUUGUGUAACGAAUAGUUCAGCUUAACAUUUCACAGAAAAUUUCAUUUCUUCUUUGGAGAAAUAUUUUCAACAACCCAUGAGACAGUUUGAAUGUAAUUAAUCUCAUUCUUUCUUCCUGGAGAAGAGGUUUGGGUUCGGAAAACUCCACGAGACUUGUGCUGUCUCUUCACAUCUUUCACUUUCCGCUCCAUUGCAGCAGCACCAACACACACACACACACACACACACACACACACACACACACACACACACACACACACACACACACGCACGCACGCACACUCACACACACAGGCACUCUGGUCUUCAUGUUUCUCAACCCGGCUCCUCUUGAGGAAGUGGGGGACGUGUUCUAGCGACCGCAGCGUCCUCACUAGCACACUACACUUCCUCUGCUGCGACAGAGCUGCGUCUGUUUUCACUGUUUUCUCUUGUUUUGGCGUGACACGGGUGUCUGUGCUUAUCAUUGCUGAACACAACGAGCUUUCAGGUGAUUGGCUGGGGGACGACAUGUCCUAGCCCCGAGAGCGUUUACUUGCAAGAUAGUUAUAGUAGUAGAGUAGGAGCGUUAAUAUAAUAAUAUGAAUGCUCAGUUUCAGAUAACUGAUAACAUCAGCUGAGAUUAUUUUAAUUAGAUGAACAUUAAGACACCAGGUGUUUACUUAAUCAGAGCUUUACUGGUAUGGGUAUCAAUUUCUGAACUAAAUAAUCACCAUAAAAUGCCGCAUACAAUGCGCACACAUUUAUAAGCACUUAUAAUUAAACUUGAUAGUAACUUAAAACGCGUAAAUAGUAAAGGUGAAGUUUUGCUUGUGACAAGGCAUCGUGAGUUUGAAUCCUGGCGUUUCCAAAGUUUGUCCAGGAAAGAAAAAAAAAUGAAGGAUGCUCACAAGAAUAUUUUGAUAUCAGGCCAAAAAAAGUGAGAACAACGGAUGACAAGCUAAAGUGUGGCAGCGUGCUGGUUUUAAACCGUUUGAUAGAGCUGACCUUUGGAUGGUGAUCUGAUGCAAGUGUGAACCAGCCAAUCAGAAAUGACAUGGGAGGAUUAAUUUGUAAUGAGUUUCCCAGUCACAUGAGAGAGGGAAAAAUUCAUCUUCACCCAUAAGUAAGGUAUCAACACAUAGCGAAGUACUUCCUGACAGAUUUCUGACACAAUGUCCUUGUUUUAAGUGAUAUUGCUAAUUUGCUAUAUUUUUCAGAAAUGUGUGGUUUUUUUUUUUUUUUUUUGUUUUUUUUUUAUUGAAUAUUUAACAUCUGCACCGUUAAACUGUUGGAGCUAGCAUUGUUGCUAGGUUCAUACUUGGUUACAAAAAAAAAAAUCUUUGUAUAUGUUAAAUCCAACCUCCAUUUCAUUCACGUAAUCACCUCCUGAUACAUCAGUCCGACUCGAAUACAUAAGCGAGCGCUGAUCGUAUCCUUUGGUUUUUAUUACAGUAUUAGUUUUCAAACUGUGAGAUCAGAUUUUCUCCAUUUUAAUAGUUGUGAAAGAUGUUGCAAAUUUGUGGCGAGGAUAUUCCGUUAAUGUAAAUUACACAUCCUAACCGAGACUAGUCGAGAAUAUUGACAGCUGUUUGAAAAUACAGCAGCGGGAUUGCGAACACAUCCUGAGUAUCAGGUUCGUGUGAAUUAAAGACAAAUAUUUCCGUAAAUGAUCUCACACUCUAUUAAAGAGUUUGUACCUACGAAGAGCUGGAAUUCACUGGAUUGAUAGAAAACAUUGUUUUUCUGCUCUAUCAAGAGGUUUGCGUGUGUUAAUCUUCCAGUCAACACUUCUUUUUUCUUUGUUUUCUUCAGACUUUAUUCUAAACUCCUGCUAGCUGACGCCUUGAUUGGACUCAGCCUUGCUCUGUCUGGUAUGAUGAUGUUUUGUAAUGGCGUAGAUGAACCAUAAUUCUGAAAUAUAAUAAAAAAGAUGAUAAUUUAUAAAUAUAUUCUCCAGUGAGGUGAAUGUAGAUCCUUGGAAAGAUUAACGUUAGUUAGUUGCCAGUUCUGUACUUGGUGAUUAUGUGAAGGCUUUGAUGGUCAGUUGAUUUUUUUUUUUCCUCACAGAUUUAAUACUUUAUAUCGGUUUAUUAGUGGAUCCUCUUGAACCAGUAGCAUUCCUAGAGCUAUAUGAAGCAACCUGAAUGACCAUGAUUAUCAAUAAUCAACAGAAUAAUCAGCAAACAUAUCUGUUUGUUCAGGACCUGAAAUGAAAGUUAGGCCAGUCCAUAUUUUUUUCUGUUAUUUCGCUCUUUUUCUUGCAAUAGCAGAGACACGGGCGCUUGAAAAUUGCAAGAUUUGUCAAUCCAGCAGAUGUUUUUUCGCAGUUGUUGAAAUUGUGUGUUGAAUGUUCUUGCGCUCAGGCAAAAAAAAAAAAACUAAACAUGAAUGCUUAUUCAUCUCAUUUACUUGUGCAAAAAACCCACAGGAACUGUGUAACGCGUGUUAUGUAAUACUUCCAAGAACAGAGUGAUUAGAGUGCUGUGUGUCAGAAUAUGUUGAUGAUUUAAUGUGCAAGGGUGUUAAUGAUUUCUUUAAAAAAAAAAAAAUUAACUGGAAAUCGUGGCAGAUCAUAGAAAAUCUAAAAUUCAAAUCCUGCUUUGGACUCGGUUCAUUUUUUUUCUUUGUUGCUUUUUUUCAUUAAUAUAAUUUUUUUCCUUUCUCUUUUGUAGCACUUUGAAAGGAAAGGUAGAUCAUUGUUUUUGUACUAAACUCAACUGUUUUUAGUUAUCCCUUGUUAAUAAUUCGCAUUGUCAGAAAUAAGCGAGGCCAAAGUCAAAAAACAAUUUUGUAUCAGUUUUGAGUGUGAUUUUUAUUUUUUUAAUUUUUUUUUUUUUAUUUGUUUGUUUCUAAAUGUUUUGUAGAUUUUUUUUUUUUUUCCCCCUUCACAUUUGUACUAGUGUGUCAAAGCGUAUGAUGAACUCUUGUUCAAAGCAUGUGAUAAAUAUGGAUUUGCUUUUGAGGAAAUUGUCACUUCUGUUGUCCAAACGGUUGUUUCAUUCUCUACACUUCUGAUUUCAGCAUGACUGUUAGUAAGAGUGUGUGAAGCUUCGCUGAAGGUUUGCAUGCGUUUCUCUGAGUUUAAAGAGGUCUCUUCAGUGGUGCUUGGGGAAAAAAAUGCUCAGCUUGUGAAUGUAACAGUGGUUUUCUUUUCUUUUUUCUUUUUUUUUUUUUUUUUGCCGUUUCCAGAAAUCAUGAGCGGUUCUUUCUCUGUUAAUUGCUCCGAGUGUGUGAUGGUGAAUGUCUGUAUUGACAUGGAUGAGUAUUUGAUGAAGCAGGAAGUGUCACCCGAAUGUUGUCUUUUUUCUGUCAUGUUACCCAUUACACUGGCAUUUAGUAACAAUACAUCAAUUUCCUUUUACA